AUCAAAGAAUACAAUCCAAGAAGACGAAAUUCCUCGAAGGUAUCGUUAACAUUCGACUCAGCCAGAAGUCGAUCAGGAAGCACGGGCAGUGGCCGUAGCAAUGGACGCACGAGGCACCCGGUAGCAAUCCGUAAUCGACAGCUUAUUCAGGGAUGUUUUCAAAGUCCUCACGAAAUACUGGGCAAGAAGAUUAUGAAACGCGCUUGUGAGAGACGCUGUGAUUUUGGCCAAUUUUACGCAAAAUUAGAUGCCGAACAGAAGGAAACAAUCGAAGAAAAUAUCAAAACGUUGUUGAAGAAAGCCGUCGCGAACAUUGACUUCAUCGAUGAAGUGCAACGACUCGCUGAAGACUUCGGCGGUAGGCAUGUGCAAUAUCGCACUCAAGGAUUCAAGCCAGAUUUCUUUGCUGCAUGUGCAGAUGCAACAAUAACCGAAUGUGCCUUUCUCGACAAUGCCGUCCAUCCUGCUCAUCAAACAUUGGACGCUUUCUCGACGUUUAUCACGAUGGUAUUCUCAUCAGUUCGUGAUGGAUUCUAUGCAGAAAUGCGUCGGGUGAGACGAGCCUCGAAUAGCUUCAGUACAGGCUCUAAUUCAUCAUCACAACGCAAGAAAUUCUCAGUGGAUUUGACCGCUGAAAUGUCACCGAGAUCGGCCAGUCCAGGAGCAGAUUCACACAGUUCAGAUGAAAGUUAUCCAGGAGUGGUUGCGGUGGCUGAAAACAAUGUCUUUCUUAAACCUCCUCAACGCGGAUCAAUUAUAUCCACAAGAUCUGGCUGA